UCGCCGCUGCCCCGGCCGCGUCCCUUGCACAGGCCCGGCGAGGCGGCUCUCCCUCCUGCGCCAAGGCCGGCGGCGCGCCUAGGGCGCGCGCGAUGGUGGGACGGCUCAGCUUGCCGGCCGACGUCCCGGAGCUGUCGGAUUCGAAGCGCAGGGCCGAGCGGGGCCUCGACAGCCCCGACUCCGGGCUGCCCCCCAGCCCGGGCCCCGGCGGUUGGCUGCACUCGGGCGGCGGCUCGGAGCGAGGAGUCGCCAACGCGCUGCCGGAGCCGCUUCCCAAGGAUACCACCUCUUCUCUCAGCCAGCUGCUCCCCAGUUGCACCUUGCGCUUAUGCCCUCUGUCCUUCUGCGAAGGAGUGGCGUUUGAUCCGUUACCACCCAAGGACAUAAGGUAUACCUCUUCCAUAAAAUACGACUCUGAGAAACACUUCAUUAAUAAUAUUUCUAUGCCGAUGGGGCUUGGGUUGUCCUCUUGCAGCCAAACGAUUGUCUGUGUUCCCGGCAGCACAUGGCGCAGUUACAAAGCCGAAGUGCGCUUCGAGCCACGCCCCAGACCCAGGAGUUUUGCAAGCACCACUAUCAUCUACCCAAAGCUCCCAAAGACUGUGUACACCACCACACUGGAUUACAAUUGCCGAAAGUUUGUGCGGAAGUUCUUGUCCAGCGUGGAGCUAGAAUCGACUGGGAAUGAUAAUGAUCCUGAUGAUUGCUGACUACACACUCUCUCUGUGCCUGCCUGCCUGUCUCUCUUUACCGCUGGAACAUGUGUUCCUGUUGUAUCUUAAACUCUCCACCAGAUGAAAGCGGAUGAAACCCUCAAUAGCCUUGCCAUUCGAAUGAACUAGCUACCUCUCUUCCAGGGUGCAUCUUCAGCCUUAAGGAUCCUGUUGGCCUGCACUUAAAUUUUUGUCUACAGGAAUGUUAAGCGCUUUCCUCAAGGACUCUUUUCUACUUCCUUUGUAAUCGCUGCCCUCCUGUUUUCCCUGUAUGUGGUGGAAAUAAGGGAAAUCUUUCUUUUCAAAGGGAAAAGUAACUUGUUUUUAUGGAAGGAUCAUUCUCAAAUGUUUGAUGACGACGAUGGUUUUUACGGAAGAGGAGGAACCUGGGCAGCCUUCAAGCAAAAGCAAUCCAUGAAUUGGCCGUUUAUAGCAUGGGAGCCAUGUAGUUGCUCCUACUGCAAAGAACUUUACAUAUAACAGGAACUCCUUUGCCACCUAAACCCCAUAAUUUAUUUUCACUCUUCACAGGUGCUCACUUAUUAUAUUAAUGUAUUAAAACACAGAUGUUUUUGCCAGGGUGGGUUGGCUGGUGGGUAAAUCACAGGUUUAGACUGAUGUUGCUCUUUAAACCUUACCAACCUUUAUGCCUGCGUUAUUCUGUUAAACCUUUGAGGAAAUGAAUCAGGCCAGUCAUUAAAAGUGGUUUUGCAUCAAAGCACACAGGAUACUAGA